AAACGGAAACUGUUCCACUGCAGUCCACUGGGGGCGCUGUGGUGCUGCCGCUGCGACACGACCAUCAGAACUCAACUGUCGAUGCUGUCUGUGAUGAGAACAGCCAAAUCGUAAUGGCGACUGUCGGAACAGCAGACUUGGGAUCAGCGGCACCGACAGAUAUUAGGACUCGGUUCUGGAAAGCAUUUCAGCGAGGGACCAGUGGCAUCCGAAAAAUGGCUCCUUCAGAGAUGCCUGGCUCUUCAGGCACAACUCAGAGUAUGAAGAAGACCAUCGGACACCGGGGGGUUGAGACCACCACAGGAGAGACUACCUAUAAAAAGACCACAUCAUCUGCCCUAAAAGGUGCCAUCCAGUUGGGCAUCACUCACACAGUUGGCAGCUUAAGCCAAAAGGCGGAAAGGGAUGUUCUCAUGCAGGACUUUGUGGUGGUCGAAAGCAUCUUCUUCCCCAGUGAAGGCAGUAACCUGACUCCUGCUCACCACUACAGUGACUUUCGUUUUAAGACCUAUGCUCCUAUUGCCUUUCGCUACUUCAGAGAACUCUUUGGCAUUCGACCAGAUGACUACCUGUAUUCUCUGUGUAACGAGCCACUGAUCGAGCUGUCUAACCCCGGAGCAAGCGGAUCCCUCUUCUAUGUCUCCAGUGACGACGAGUUCAUCAUCAAGACUGUUCAACACAAAGAGGCAGAGUUCCUCCAGAAACUCCUACCUGGAUACUUCAUGAACAUAAACCAAAACAAGCGCACCUUGUUACCCAAGUUCUACGGGCUGUAUUGCGUGCAGGCAGGUGGGAAGAAUAUCCGUAUUGUAGUGAUGAACAAUCUUCUGCCUCGGAUCAUCCCCAUGCACCUCAAAUACGACCUGAAGGGCUCCACCUAUAAGAGACGAGCUUCCCCUAAGGAAAGAGAAAAGGCCGUUCCCAUUCACAAAGACCUGGACUUUAUCCAGGACUUGCCUGACGGUCUGCUGCUCGAAGCGGACAACUAUAAUGCACUGUGCAAGACCAUUCAGAGGGACUGCUUGCUCUUGCAGAGUUUCAAGAUAAUGGAUUACAGUCUGUUGAUGGGCAUCCACAACAUGGACCAGGCCAAUCGAGAGCGUAGCGGGGGCAACCCGGGUGACAGUGGGGGGUCAGAAGGAGCAGUGACCCCAGAUCAGCGCCGGCCACAAGCUCAGAAAAGUCUGUACUGUACAGCCAUGGAGUCCAUUCAAGGCGAGGCUCGAGGGAAGGGAGUUUUGGAUUCAGAAGACCACAUGGGCGGUAUUCCAUCUCGUAAUACUAAAGGAGAGAGGUUGCUGAUCUACAUCGGCAUCAUUGACAUUCUACAGUCCUACAGGUUUAUUAAGAAGUUGGAGCACUCUUGGAAGGCCUUGGUCCAUGAUGGGGACACAGUUUCAGUUCACAGACCUGGAUUCUAUGCAGAUCGUUUCCAACAAUUCAUGUGCAACACAGUGUUCAAGAAAAUUCCACUAAAACCAUCACCAUCUAAGAAGAGUCGUGGUGGUGUUCCGGGAGGUCUGAGGAGGGCCCCCACCCUGGGAGGUCCCACCCCGCUCUCCCACGCUGCGGGACAGUCAGCCGUUGACUCCAGACUUGUCUACCACAGCCACUUUAAAAGCACAGAUUCAGAGGCAGACAGCGGUGUUCAGUUGGGCAGACCAGAUCUUGUUCCGAGGACCCCUCCGCUGGGAGAAAACUCUGCUGACUAUGAGGCCAACCUGUCCACCUCGUCGCUAGGCAGCACAGGAGUUGCCUCCACCUCUCCUCCCCUACGGUCUGUAGGGGUAGAAGUUCAUAAAUCGGCAAACACAGACAUUGACCAUCACAGGUACAGAAGUUUGGGGGAAGAAGGGGCGGUCGAUAAGUCAGGCAACCUGUCUGGAAACGAAGAAGUAAUUUCACUCUCAGACAUAAUCCCUGAGACCAACAUCUGCUUUGUAAUAAAAAACAGACAUCUGAAGACUAGGCGUUUCUGGAUGAGGUGAAGUGGGCGGAAAUAACAAUAAAGAGAGUGAAACACCCAUCCAACACGGACCCUCUGUUGCACCUCUGUUGUUUUCUCACACAUAGAGUUUAUACAGGGAUCGCUGGAUCAAGCAGCAAGGUGCAGUGGAGGUUGUGACAGUGACGAAAACAGUGAUGGGAAGAUCAAGAAGAAGGCGGUGUGUCAUCGACAUCCCAAAGCCCAAUUUUCUCUAAUACACACCUGGAUAAUGCGUAUUACCCUGAAUUGGCAGCGCUGUAGUAGCUCUGGCAGCACUACAUUGAUAAAAAAAAAAUUCCGUCAUGUUCCAACAAGAAGGAUGCUUCGAUGACUAACUGGACAAUAAUUAGUUGUAUAUUGUGAAAGUCCAUGCCCCAGUCACCGGUGGAUGGUAAAGACAGUCAAAUUAUUCGUGAAAAGUCCUCUUGUCCAAUUUUCGCAGCAUGAAGCAAUUUUGAGAUGCACAGACAGCAUUUCAGCAUGAACACACACUUUAGAGCACAUGAAGGGCAUAGCCUGCAUUUGUAGGAGUGAAUACUUCCCUCUCCAUUCAUGCGGAAGUCUAAGUGGCUUCACAUUUCCGUGAUUCACACUCGAGUGUUGCCAUUUCCACCCAUCCAUUUCCCCCUCGGCCCCUCAUGAGCAGGGGCACUCUGAGCUAUCAACGGUCCUUGUUUGUAUCAGCACUUGCUACUGUUGACUCUGCAAUCAUGUAUGCAUUUCUUUUUACUGAUUGUGGAUGUACAGUAUUUGACAAAAUAUUUUGAAAUAGCACAGGGAUGGGUUGAACCAGACUUAACACGGCAAUUUUUGUUUCACGUUUUGUUAUUCCGUUGGAAGCCACGGUGGUGCGGCUAAGGUCCAGCUAGAUCUUGCCACUGCUGAAUGUACUUUACAAUGUUUUUCUUAUGUAGAAUGUGUCUUAUUAACAUGGCAGACCACAUUUGUACAACCCUUACAAACCUCCCACCCUGUUGAAGACCAUAUGUGCUAUAAAUGAAUACAGAAAGGAGCUGUUGACCGCAUCGCUGACCAGUAGAUGCUGUUAAAUGAAGUCAUGAUAUUAAGCUAGUAGAAUAGUAGUAAUUUCCAGCUACUGUCAUUCAUCUUCGUCAUGUCUGUGCCUUUACAUGUUUGUCCCCUCCUUAACGUUUGAUGUAUAGUAUGUCUGACAUUUUCUACAGGUUAUUGUCACACAAAGAAACCUGCCUUAUCACUACAGCUAAAGUCAUCAAACUGCCAUUUGUAUGUUUGGACCAACAGUCAGCUUAAAGGAAUUCAAUUUUAAUGCAAACACUAGUACAAUCCCUUUUUGGUUAUUCGUGCAAACGUCAAGCGCUCAGUCACUGGUUCAUCAGCUCAGCUAAUCUUGUAAACUCUCCCAACGUCAGACAGUAAGGAUGUCUGUCUCUUAAUAUUCAUUUCUGCUGGUAACAGAAAUGACCUCUCGCCCACAUCCACGCUUGACCAAUAUUAACCAUGUGUGUAACUAUUAUUUGUAAUUUUUUUGUAUGUAGCCUUACGCCGCUCUUACUCUGCUUUUCAUAACAAUUAUGCUUUGUGCUUUGUUUUCACAAAAUGUUUUUGUGUUGAUGUUAUUUAGGGCACUAUGCAAGCUGCAGAGGCGGCUGGCUGAGAGGUUCCCCCCCCCCCCCCGAGAGAUUUCUGAUACAGAAAUUUGAAUCACUACCAAGUGACCGUAGCAACACUCAAGAUCAUAGAUACCAUCUCAUUUAAGGAACUACUGUUUGUUUUGUAGGCACAUUUGGUCUAUGCAGCAGAGAGGGAGAAGGGAAAAUGGGAGUUGUGAAUAUAGAAGGAACAAAAACUACGUAUGUUCAUCAAUGCACAGUUGAGGAGUCUUUUGUAGUAUAAGUCAAUCACUGCACCAAAGAAAGGAGUGGGGAGUUCUUGCAAAUGUUAAGGUCCAGUACAGUUAACAGGAAAAUGAAAUCAGGACACUCCUCGAUACCUGCAUUUACUGAUGUGUAAGACAUGGUAAUAACACUGGGUUGACCUGUGUUUAAGGAUCUAUUAUUGAACUGGAUAUUUGUUUUCCUAAAUAAUUUCACGUCUGAUAAGCUGUAUCUGACAAUUUUUUUUUCUUUAUCAAACCAUUGGUUUACUUUGUGGCCUGAGACAUUUAAAAGAUUUACCCCACAUUCCUGUGAAAUUCAAGUUAAAUUUACUACAGUUGUGGUAGCUCUUAGAAUCUGUUAUUUACCACCUUUUAUGUAUUUGGGGUAAUGUACUUGAAAUUAUUUUUUUCUGAUAUGCUGAAAUGUAAAAUAUUGAUUAUUUCAAACAGAUCAGUUAAAAGUUGUAUUUAGUUGGUUGAGUCAAACAGCCGCCAAAGAAAACACUCCAGGAAAUUCUUUCUCAUAAGAAAAAUCCAGAUUAUAUUUUGUGACAACUGGAUUUUGAUGUUUUAUGUUGUGACAUUAUUUUUGUUGUUGUGUGGUACUGUGCAAUUGCUGGAUGUAGACCAGCUGUGUCACAGUUAUGUACUACACAAUGACACAAGAGAAAUGUCAUCCUAUGGUGCUUAAAGGGCGGUGCACUCAGUGUAGACACUACAGAGUAUUUGAAGUAUUGCAAUAUGAACCACAAUCUACCACCUUUUCAGCUCUAAGAAGUAUAUUUAUUAUGAUUAAUCGCUGCAGGCUGAAAAGAUGAAAGUUGUAUUAUGUACCUUUUUAGAUGAUUGUACGUAUACUGACAAAAGGAUGUCUGAAACUUUAUAGUGUGUAUUGCCUAUGAAGGGGGACAAGUUGACAAUUUCACUUUUUAUAUUUCAUGUUUAGAUUGUGAUAUGAUAGACAUGUUUUCGCCAUGAUGAUUCUGGGUUGUUAAUCUCCCACCAUUUUUCAACAUGAAUGUUUCACACGGCUUACGAGCCACCAUUGCUGGUUGUCCUAUAAUGCUUCAAUUACUAUAUUUUUACUGUGUAUAAAAUGUGUAUAUGUACAUAGGAGUCACAGAAAUGCCUUCUCAUGCAAUAUGUGCUGCCUGUCCCUCCUGCCAUGUUUCUGUUAUGUGCUGGUGAUGUUUUCAUGUCUGAUUUUAAAGGAUUAAACAUAUUUUCUAAAUCUU